GAGCCAAAGACAUACAACUCGCUAACCAUGCAAGUUCUGAUCGUCUUUCUAUCUGUGACAUUUGCCCUAUCACUUGGGACUAAGCUUCCGCUUGGUGGAACUCAAAAUAUCGAUAUCCAGCAACGCAUCCAAUACGGAAAUGAUGCCCAUAAAGGACAAUUCCCAUACAUUGUUUCGUUGCACACAAGUAUUGGCAAUGUUAGUUAUAUAUGUGGUGGAUCCAUCAUUGAUCAUACCUGGAUUUUGACUGCCGCUCAUUGUACACACAACGCCGAUUGGGUUCAAAUAUUCUAUGGUACAACGAAACGUUGGAAUAGUGAAUUAAGCCAUGUGGUCUAUUCGGAUAACAUUAUUGAGCACGAAAACUAUAAUAAUAGAAAUCUCGCAAAUGAUAUUGCCCUCAUUCGCACACCUCGUGUGGAGUACUCGGAGUUGAUUAAUAAAGUGUCGCUUGCCGAUAGCGAUAAUGACUACGAAGGAGCGGUGGCCGUAGCCAGUGGAUGGGGCCAAAAUGAGCAUGGUAGAGUUCAGGAUAAUCUACAGUUUGUCGGAGUGCAGAUUCACAGCAAAAUGAAUUGCUGGAAUAUCGUUUAUGAACCAUCGGACACCAUAAUCUGCUUCGGUCCAUUUGUCGGUGGUGGCGACUCUGGGGGUCCAUUGGUCACACGUGAUGAUUCCAAACUCGUUGGUGUAGCUUCUUUUCUACAACCACGUGUACUAAGUGGCUUUAGUCGAGUUAGCAGUUAUCUGGACUGGAUUCGUAGUCACACUGGCCUGGAAUAGAUCCAGCUGUAGCCCUCAUACAAUGCACCUAUCCCAGCAUAAACCGAUGUCUAAUUAACGGAAAUUGAAAAAAAUUUUAAUAAAAUGAAAUCGCUUAAUAUGUUGAUGAAGAACAGAAA